GUGCCGUAGACAAACGUCCGUCACCGUCUGUUGUUCUUACUUCUUUGAUUAGUAGCCAAGCAAAGAAAGGUAAAGUGGUCAAAGUAGUAGUUAGUUAUAUGUAGGCCUUCGACAAAACGAGACGACGUCAUCCUUAGACCGAGAGAGCAACAACAACUUUCGAAUACAAGACUCGGUGACUUAUUAUUAUAAAUGAAAAGAGACCGACUAACGUCGUCGGCAUCGGUUGAAUAGGAAAGGAAAAUGUACUAGAAGAGUGGUGCCUUUUUGGGGGGAUAUCGAUGCUGAACCAAUUUUGCUCCAAAUGAGUAUCAAAGCCGCAGUUCUUCGACGACGUUGCGGACAAUUUGAAUCUCGCGCUUAAGUGCGAAAACAAUUACUGAAAUCGCGGUGUGCAUCAAGUGUGCGACUUGCAACGCGCGCAACUUUGAAUUACUGACAGUGCAUCAGGAUUACGAUCGCAGCUGGAAAUUUUAAAGGAUUACGACAAUGAUACCUCCAAAGUGGUGUAAAUUUCGGAAUCUAGUGAUCACAGGCAUCCUUGUGUUGUUAAUAAUCGAAUUAGUAUCAACAGCUGCAAACAACAAUAGCAAUAAAGUUGGAAGGCGGAGACUUCGAAGACCUCAUGCCACACGCAAGUCCUCAUCCUCAUCAGAUCAAGAAGUUUCACCGAGCGUAAACAGGGUAAGACUAAGGUCGAGGCCCCAUUUGAAGAAAGCCACGGACAACACUGUCACCUCAUCGGCAGUUUCAACAAAGAAAGAAAAAGAUGGAUAUAAGGUGGUCUGUUACUAUACUAACUGGUCGCAGUAUAGACCAAAGAUUGGUAAAUACCUCCCUGAAGACAUCACUCCUGAUCUAUGCACCCACUUGAUCUUUGCGUUCGGAUGGAUGAAGAAAGGAAAACUGUCAUCAUUCGAAAGCAAUGACGAAACCAAAGACGGAAAAGUUGGACUUUACGAAAGAAUCCAAAACCUCAAGAAAGCUAAUCCAAAAUUGAAGACCCUAUUGGCCAUUGGUGGUUGGUCCUUCGGAACACAAAAGUUCAAAGACAUGUCAAAAACCAGAUAUUCGCGUCAAACUUUCAUCUACAGCGCUAUCCCGUUCUUACGAGACCGAGGAUUUGAUGGACUUGAUUUGGAUUGGGAAUAUCCUAAAGGAUCCGACGACAAGAAAAACUUUGUCCACCUUCUAAAAGAAUUAAGAGAAGCGUUUGAAGCAGAAGCCCAAGAAGUUAAGAAGCCGCGCCUUCUUCUAACAGCAGCUGUCCCAGUAGGUCCUGAUAACAUCAAAGCAGGCUAUGACGUUCCUGCAGUUGCAUCCUAUUUAGAUUUUAUUAAUGUUAUGGCUUACGAUUUCCACGGGAAAUGGGAAAGGGAAACUGGACAUAACGCACCUUUAUAUUCACCAAGUUCUGACAGCGAAUGGCGUAAACAACUGUCUGUAGACCACGCAUCCAACUUGUGGGCUAAACUUGGUGCACCAAAAGAAAAACUGGUGAUAGGAAUGCCAACAUACGGAAGGACUUUCACGUUAGCAAAUAAAGACAAGUACAAGGUCAAUUCUCCUGCCACAGGGGGAGGUAAAGAAGGAACCUACACUAAAGAAUCAGGAUUUCUUGCCUACUAUGAGGUGUGUGAUAUGCUGAGAAAUGGCGCAACCUACAUCUGGGAUGAUGAAAUGAAAGUACCUUAUGCAAUUCACGGAGAUCAAUGGGUUGGAUUUGAUGACGAAAGAUCCAUCCGACACAAAAUGAAAUGGAUUAAGGAAAACGGUUUCGCCGGAGCUAUGGUCUGGACUGUAGACAUGGACGAUUUUACUGGUAAAGUUUGCGGCGGAAAUAUGAAAUACCCACUUAUUGGAGCAAUGAGGGAAGAACUCAGGGGUAUCUCCAGGGGAAAAGAUGCUAAAGAUAUAGACUGGGAAAAAGUUGCUGGAACAAUAAUUGAAGAAGAAGAAGAAGUCAUUGAAAAACCAAAGCCCAUUUCAGUUCCUGUGUCUGAAGUUUUAAAGAAAACUAGAAAACCUCAAAAAAAUCUCGUACUAAAAACUACACUUCAAUUAGACAAAAACAUGCGUCCCCCGCAAAUCUUCUGUUACAUGACUAGCUGGUCUCAGAAACGACCUGGUGCUGGAAAAUUCUCCCCUGAAGACAUAAACCCUUCUCUCUGUACCCACGUCGUUUACGCUUUUGCUACCCUUAAAGAUCAUAAAUUAACUGAAGCUGAUGACAAAGAUCCUGAAAGAUAUGAGAAAGUUAUUGGAUUAAGGGAGAAAAAUCCCAAUUUAAAGAUUCUUUUGGCGAUUGGUGGCUGGGCGUUUGGUUCAACUCCAUUCAAAGAACUGACUGGUAAUGUUUUCCGCAUGAACCAAUUCGUUUACGACGCCAUAGAGUUCCUGCGGGACUAUAAAUUUAAUGGUUUGGACGUAGACUGGGAAUACCCUCGUGGCGCCGAGGAUCGCGUAGCCUACGUGAAUUUGCUCAAGGAAUUACGCCUUGCCUUCGAGGGCGAAGCUAAGACUUCCGGACAACCGAGACUUCUCCUGACAGCUGCAGUUCCAGCAUCAUUCGAAGCGAUAGCAGCGGGCUACGAUGUUCCAGAAAUCUCAAAAUAUUUAGAUUUUGUCAAUGUCAUGACCUACGACUUCCACGGUCAAUGGGAACGAACGGUUGGACAUAAUUCACCUCUCUUCCCUCUAGAAAGUGCCACCAGUUACCAAAAGAAACUCACAGUGGAUUAUUCUGCCCGAGAAUGGGUCAAGCAGGGAGCUCCUAGAGAGAAGCUGAUGAUUGGGAUGCCGACCUACGGGAGAAGUUUCGAAUUGGUAAAUAUUUCGCAAUUCGAUAUCGGAGCUCCAGCUUCUGGAGGUGGAAAACCAGGCAAAUAUACCAACGAAGCAGGUUUCCUAAGUUACUACGAAAUUUGCGACUUCCUCCACAUUGAAAACACAACUUUGGUUUGGGACAAUGAACAACAAGUGCCUUUUGCCUACAGGGACAAUCAAUGGGUCGGAUUUGACGACGAAAGGAGUUUGAAAACCAAGAUGGCUUGGCUCAAAGAGGAAGGAUUUGGAGGAAUAAUGAUCUGGUCUAUCGACAUGGACGAUUUCAGGGGACAGUGCGGGGCUGGGAAAUAUCCACUCAUUAACGCGAUGAGACAGGAAUUGGAUGGCUAUAAAGUAAAAUUGGAGUACGAUGGACCAUAUGAAAGUUCGAAUGCCAAUGGCCAAUAUACUACAAAAGAUCCAAACGAAGUAACAUGUGAAGAAGAAGAUGGCCACAUCAGUUACCAUCCGGACAAACAGGAUUGCACCCACUACUACAUGUGCGAAGGUGAAAGAAAACAUCAUAUGCCGUGUCCAUCGAAUCUCGUGUUCAACCCCAACGAAAACGUGUGCGACUGGCCUGAAAACGUCGAAGGGUGCAUGCAGUUCACACAAGCCCCUCCGACAAGGCGAUAAGACAAAAGUGAUAACAAAAAUGAAGAAAACAAAGACAGAGAGCAAGUGGUACAUUUGUAUUUAUGUAGUUCAUUGGUUGUUGAACGUUUGAAGAAGACAAACGGGACUGCCUAAAGGUAUUAAGUUAAAUUUUUUUUUAUGUAUAGAUAUCUAUUACCUAUAAAAAAUGAGCAAUAUAACAAACACUCGAGCCAUAGAUGAGGCUUAGGUAUAUAUAACAUUGUAAGUCUCGUGCUUAUAAAUAAGGAAUAAGGCUUAAUUUAAAAACAAAAAUGAUAGGUACUAAUUAAUUAUUAUUCAUUGAUGAAAGCAAAUUUAAACAGUAACGAUUAUUUUUACCUUUUACCUAAGGUUUGUUGAAGCGAUACGAAGUUAAAUAAUAUUCGAAGAUAACAUCCUUAGUUCAAGUACUUAGUCCUAACUUAAACAAGUUCAGUGAAAACGAAUGUACCCAGCCUUACCUAACCUAUAUUCUUCUAAAUUGUCCAAUAAUAUAUUUAAUUUUGGAAGAGAUAGUUAAUGGUACCUAAAAAACUACAAAAAGUUAAUUUUUACAAAGCUUGAUUCUCUUUUUUAUCUCUAUUUAAGCCUAACCUAAACAAAUUCAGUAAAACGGAAAUAACCUAACCAUACCUAACCUCAAUUCUUUUAACUUUCAGUAGGUACAAAAA